UCUCUCUCUCUCUCUCUCUAUGGACAUAUAUGUAUGGUGCUUGCUGAAGCAAAAUUCUGCGGAUGGCAUCGAUGAGUUGAGUUGCAGGGAGACGAUGAGAAACUUCAUCGUCGGAGUCUGCUUAGGUUGGUUGGCAGCAGCGAUUCUGGUGAAUGGUCAGCCAGGAUUCGUGAGCAUCGACUGUGGCGCCACUCGUAGCUAUACCGACUCCGAAACUGGAAUACUGUACCGAGUCGAUGAAGGAUACAUCGACACGGGUAGAAACGUCAGAAUCGCUCAAAGGUUCAUCGAGGAUCCUACAAAGGUGCGUCCGUGGUUCACCGUUCGAAGCUUUCCCGAGGGAACUCGCAACUGCUACACCUUUCCCGGGUUGAAGGAAGGGGACAGGUAUCUCGUAAGGGCCUCCUUCGUUCACGGCAACUACGACGGCCAAGCCUCUGGGGACUCCGUCGCCCCACCGCUGCUAUUCGAUCUCUAUGUCGGUGUCAACAUCUGGCAAACCAUCAACAUCACCGAGGUGUUCGCACUUUACGGGGCCGAGAUUAUUACUGCCGCCCCGUCCGACUCCCUGUCGAUAUGCCUGGCCAACAUUGGUUUGGGAGCGCCGUUCAUAUCUUCGCUGGAGUUGAGGCAUAUCGACAACCACCUGGCGUACCAGGACGCGAAUCAAUCCGCUGCACUACUCUUCUACAGUCGCUUCAACUUGGGAUCCCUCACCAACGACACCGUCAGGUAUCCAGAAGAUAAAUAUGAUAGGACAUGGGAUCCUUGCAACAGUUAUAUUGGUUGUGAAACAUGGUAUUUUACGAGCAGUACUUUGGGAAUCAAGACCACUCGUGGUGAUGCUUAUGAGGUCCCAGGCGUGGUCAUGGGGACUGCAACUGUUGCUGCAGAUAAUUUUACAUUGCAAUAUUUCUUGGGCUAUGGCCUCAAUUCGAGUGUUCAAACAACAUUCUAUAUCUAUUUGCACUUUGCUGAUUUCGACUAUUUAAGUGGGAAUGGAAGUAGAAUUUUUCAGGUGAGAGCAGACGAGGAACCCGAUAGUGAUAACAUCAGUCCUGCAUAUCUACUGGCAACUCAUUUCCAUUUCGUCCAUCGGCUGGCAUACCCAGGCUUAAAUGGUUAUUUUAAUCUGACAAGGGUGGCCAGUUCCACCCUUCCCCCCAUCCUCAAUGCUGCUGAGGUUUACAUUCCUAUUAAUCUUUCAGUUUUGGCAACAGAUGCAGCCGAUGUUGAUGCUAUGAUGGGGAUAAAGAAAUUAUAUCAGAUGAAGAUAUGGCAGGGUGAUCCUUGUGCUCCGCAGCAAUUCAUUUGGAGUGGAGUAAAUUGCACCUACUCAAGCUCUGGUACCCCAAGAGUCACCUCAUUAACCCUCUCUUAUCAUGGGUUGAAUGGUGCUAUACCAAAUACUUUUGCUAAUCUGAAGGCCCUUAACUAUUUGGACUUGUCAAACAAUGAUUUAACAGGCCCAAUACCGCCCUCUUUCGAAGAAUUGACAUCACUCACUGUGCUAAUUUUGUCAAAUAACCGACUCAAUGGGCCUAUUCCAGCUUCUUUGUGUGAUGGACAAUCAAAAGGAUUGCUUGAGUUGAGAGUGGACAACAAUCCCGAUAUAUGUCUCUGUCAUGGUACAUGUCAAAUUGGCAGCAAAGGAAGGAAGCUUGCUACAUUCACCAUUGUGCUGAUCGCUGUCGUCCCAGCACUGAUUAUACUGCUGCUCCUAUCAUUGCUUUUAUUCUUCUUGAGGAGAAGAGAAUCUACAACAAAAUUGUGAUAGCUUGUCGCUCGCUAAAAUGUUAGAAUUCAGCUGAGGCAAUGGAAAGCUAUUCAGAUUGUUGGCAGGUCUUUGUGGGUUGUUAUAUUGUGGUUAUUGUAUAAGUAUAUUUUGCAUGUAAUGAAAUGUGUCGGCAAAUUUGGAUUGAUGUAUCAUGUAAAAGCUUUAAAAGACCUUAUGUUUGAGAUUUUAGAAUGUUAAGUUAGUUUUACAAUGAUAUAAACUUACGGUAAAUGGUUGGAGUUUUGAUUGUAUAAAUUCUUAUGCUUAUGGAUUUAUAAGUGUGGUUAAUGUUUGUUAA